AGCGGGCUCUUUCAUGGCUCCCUUAGCCGAAAUUGGGGGCUUCCUAGGAGGCUUGGAAGGGUUAGGGCAGCAGGUGGGCUCCCAUUUCCUGCUGCCUCCUGCCGGGGAGCAGCCGGCUCUGCUCAGCGAUCGCCUGGCUCAGGCCGAGAGGGGGUCCAGAGGUGGAGGAGGUGCGGCGACUGGGACUGCGGAUUUAUCCCAUUUACAGGGCAUCCUACGCCGGAGGCAGCUCUACUGCCGGACGGGCUUCCACCUGCAGAUCCUGCCCGAUGGCACCGUGCAGGGCACCAGGCAGGACCACAGCCUCUUCGGUAUCCUUGAAUUCAUCAGUGUGGCAGUGGGACUGGUCAGUAUUAGAGGAGUGGACAGUGGCCUUUACCUUGGAAUGAAUGACAAAGGAGAACUCUAUGGAUCUGAGAAACUAACUUCUGAAUGCAUCUUCAGAGAACAGUUUGAAGAGAACUGGUAUAACACUUAUUCUUCCAACGUGUACAAACAUGGAGACUCGGGUCGGCGGUAUUUCGUAGCACUUAACAAAGAUGGUACUCCCAGAGAUGGGGCUAGAUCCAAAAGACAUCAGAAAUUCACACACUUCCUACCCAGGCCAGUGGAUCCUGAAAGAGUCCCAGAACUCUACAAAGAUGUGUUAGGAUACAGUUGAAAUGGGACAGAGUGUUUGAAAGGAAACCAAAACAAAACCCAUUCUUUCCUACCACAGCUUCCAUGGUAACACAAGCAGGAAGAACUUUCAAAUACUGCAGAGUUACCAGGC